AUGAUAUGCAAUAAAUUAAUGAGGCCAAAUCCGUUGCAUAUCACCUUCAAGAAUCCAAAUUGGCCAGCAAACUUUAUAACUCCUGAGAAUGUUCUGGAAUAUUUUUGCAACUCUGACAAUGCAUUCUACGAUAAAGGAUCUUGUAACGAAAACGUGCGCAUGCAAAACAUCUCGCGACCGUUGGAGGAGUGUCUGCUCUCUAUGACUGGUAUCCAAUACGUGUUGUGGAGUGCGCAGCCGCCGCUUUAUGUUAUUUGUAAGCACAGAAGAAAUAAUAUGCAGAAUGUAACACCUCUUGCGUAUUACUAUAUUAUAAAUGGCACCGUUUACCAAGCUCCAGACGUCUAUACAUUUGUUCAGUCGCGAUUGCUCGGUGCUGUUGAGCCUCUGAAGAACGCGUUCGAUCAGGUCGUACAGUAUUCGAGGUAUAAUGUUGCAAAGGGUUACUAUUGGCAGUUUGACAAGAAACCUGUGGUUAAAAAGGAAGAAGAUAAGCCAGAGGAGGAACAACCACUUCAAGCGCGCAGCACACACUUCCAGAAAACACGUACACAUAUGUUGAUGCAGAACCUCUUUGAGAUGUUCCCAGCUGGAAAUGCUGUGGCAAUUUCGGACCCUCCUGAAAAGUCGGAACCAAUGGAUACCGAAGAAAAACCGGAAACGAAUGGCGAUCUAGCGGCACAACCAGUUGAAGGAACGGCUCCAAUACCCAGCACUUCAGCCGCCAAGCCCAAGUAA